GCCGUUUUUAUCACGUUUCCCAACACCAACCCAUUUCGAAAAAGACCCACCUUAAGCGUGCCGGAGCUUUCCAUGAGCAUCUUCCAAAAGGGCUUCAAGCGUGGAGCAGCUCUGGGAUCCAAAUUUAAUCUUGAUUUGUCCAAAACAGAAGUCGUGGGCUCCACAUCACAAUCUUGCCCGAAUCUGCCAGCAACAUACCUGGUAAAGUCACCCGCACACGAAGAUGUGCCCAUGUGGAAUAUUCUACCCUCGUAUCAGUUGUAUGAGUCGACAUACGCCAAAGUAGUGGAUCCUCUGAUUGAGGAUAUGGGAAGUGAGCCUCCUGUCUAUGAGGAUACACCAACACAACUGUCUUCUUCAGACACGGGGAAUGACUAUUUUAGUCAACAACCGAAUGCACCUGGUGGUAGCCCAAGCUUUCGUUCCCCCGAGCCUCGCUGGGAAAAUACCAUCUUGGCCCAUGCCCACCGCAUGAAACACGUGGACGAGUUCAAUAAGCUAGUGGCUGAUAAGUUGAAGAUCGAUAUACAUUUGACGAAAAAGCCGGGUGCUCGGGGAAGAAAACCCGAGUUCUACAGCCCACUUGAAAAAGAGUUUCUGCAGGGCGACACAAUCCAUGGGCACGUUAUUGUUGUUAACACAUGUAAGGAGCCGUUGAGCUUUGAUAUGUUCUCGGUGGUUUUUGAGGGACGCAUGGCCGUCAAUAGCAGCGAUGGCUCGGGAUCGAAGCCGCAUCUCUUCUUCAAGUUUCUCAAUAUGUUCGACUUCAACGCUUCAUGGACCCCGGUAAAUUUUGAGGAUCCGCUGGACUACAUCGAUCCGGUGGAUAAGACUACCCUUCAAUUCCCAACGAAAAGGGAAUUCCAGCCGGGCGUAGCUUACAAAAAGUUUUUCAACUUCACAGUUCCCAUGAAGCUCUUGGAUUGUGCAUGUGAAGUCCAUAACAUACCGGAGCAUUGCGUGCUCCUCCCAAGUAUUGGGUUGGACAAGACAGUGUUUUUGCAGAGAUUACGUAAACUCCGGGAAGCUCCAAUCAAAGCAGACAAAGCCUUACAAUCAGCAGCGAGCCCGCUGAACCACAUGCAUUCUCUCGGAAAUCCCUCAGGCAAGAAAAUCGCCCCGAACCUUAUAACACGUGAUUACGGAUUUCCAGACACUUCCAUUAGCUACAGUGUGGAGACAAAAGUUUUUGGCAAGAGGUCCGUUUACGAAAGAGGCGGAAAACUUCACAACGAGGAGUUUAUCGUUGUGAAAGAGGCAAGCUUACCGUUACGAGUGAUCCCAAGAGUCCUCAACUCAAGCGCAAAUGAAGAAGAUGACAAUGGCUACAUAGCCGAUAAGCAUUAUGAGAUUUUCGUGAAAAGUGUUGAGAAAUGUCUUGAGACAGGCCGGAGGCUUGAACGAGGUGUUUCUUCAGAUCGCAUAACAAGGAAGCCUUCAACUACAAAACAAACUUAUGUGGCUGCUCCUACAGCUACAAAAAGUCAGCAUGAAGAAGAGUGCUCCAAGGUUCAUUUCCCGUAUAGAAAAAAGCAUUUGACGCAACCUGCGAAAAUAGUCGGUUUGCUUAAUGCAAUCAUUCCAAAACGCGAACUGAUUGUGCGUUAUGAAACUCCAUACAUAUUCAGCCCCGUGACAAAAAUCGAUACAGACAAGCUGGGAAGAUUGGAAGUUCCUAUAUGCCUUGAGUAUCUAAGUACUGAAAAUGACGGGAAGAUAGUCCGUGCACCAGAAAUACGGAGCAUCAGCACGAAAAUUGUGAUUUGCACUGUGAGGUCACAAAAAUACCCUAUACCAAUCGAGUUCACGCAGAAUAUGAAGUUCAGGAAUGUGGUGGGGACAAGCGAUGGCGUUGAAAGGUAUAUUGUUGCUCCAUUCAAAGCGUAUUUGGCUGAAUUAUGCAAACUAAUCACCAUAUACGGGACACAGGCCUUGGGAGUUUCAAACCAAUUACUAAUGGAUGUGAAAUGUUUGGCAAACUUGGAAGCCAAGAGCACCAGCCUAAAGAUUGAGAAUGUUAAAGUGCACAGCACAGGCGGACUUGGAUUCUGGCAAACUUCCACCGACUCAAAAAAGGCCGAGAAAAAAAUAUUUUUAGAUGUUGACAUCCAGAGCUUGUUUGUGAAAGAUUCAAAAAGGCCGAUGGAGGACAAAUUGCAAGGUGCUUUGACGCUUGUUCCCUCUUUUCAAAGCUGCAUUAUAGGUCGCUACUACUAUCUCUUGAUUGAGAUCAAACUAGGCAACGGGGAAACAAUGCCUGUGAAAGUACCCUUCAAGAUAUCCAACUAGAUUUAAAAUUGCACGGGAUAACUUCAUUUUAUGAAUAGCCUUUUUAUAUAUAUCGAGUGAAAUACAGUCGCAAUGUAUGUAUAGAAAUAUAUGGUUUACAAGAUGUUGACGUG